AUGAUUGAACGAGAAAUUAAAGGUCAUCGGGGCCAAAGUUUGAAUGUAUUUCGAAUUCAUGGCAACGACUCACAUAGAUUUGGUGUGACAGAGUUUGAACUUGAGACGAUGCUACCGGGUGCUAUCGGACGCGAAGUAAAGGAUGUCGACGUGUACCUCUACCACGAGGUAAACUUGCCUACAGUGUUGUUUGAGUGCAAAACGCUGAAACAUUGGGUGGACUACGAGGGUGGUUAUGAGACGGACGAGGCCCUUCAGAAGUUGCUUGAUGGUUGUCUUGUUCUCCGUGAGCUUAUUAUCACGGGCACAAUCAAGGGAAUGAAUUUGGGCGUACCGGCCGAGGAUGGUUCGAUUCUUAGUUUUGGUAAUCUGACCAAGGUUGAAGUUCGAGUUGAUUACUCACUUCUCAGCAAAAUCCUUGAAGCUGCAUCUUGUCUAGAAAUGCUUGUUGUCCAAGAGGUUCCUGAAGCUGCUCUAUUGGAUAGAACCCGACCGAGUACCCACAUGCCUCACAUAUCACCUUAA